UUAUUUGCCACCUUCCGUGCAUGAAUGGAGGCCAGUGCAGUUCUAGAGAUAAAUGCCAGUGCCCUCCUAAUUACACUGGUAAACUUUGUCAGAUCCCUGUGCAGACUGCCAAUGCUCCAAAGCUGUACCAUCACUCACAACAGGUGAACAAGGCUGUAGGGUCACAAAUUAUCCACUCUACUCAUACUUUACCACUGACGAUGUCUGGACAGCAAGGUGUAAAAGUGAAGUUUCCUCCUAACAUAGUGAAUAUCCAUGUGAAACAUCCCCCUGAAGCCUCAGUUCAGAUCCAUCAAGUUUCAAGAAUUGACAGCACAUCAACAGGACAAAAAGCGACAGUACCUCAGCCAGUACAUCCACAGGUCUCUUACCAAGGUCUUCCGUAUCAGAAGACCCAGAAAGGACAUACUACUUACACAAAUCAACAACCUAUUCCUCAUAUGUUUCCUGUUUCAGUUAAAACUCAGCUUGGGCGCUGCUUCCAGGAGACUAUUGGGACACAGUGUGGCAAAGCACUUCCUGGCCUUUCCAAGCAAGAGGACUGCUGUGGAACCGUGGGUACUUCCUGGGGUUUUAACAAAUGCCAGAAAUGUCCCAAGAAGCCAUCUUACCAUGGAUACAGUCCUAUGAUGGAAUGCCCACAAGGCUACAAGAGGAUCAAUGCUACGUUUUGUCAAGAUAUCAAUGAGUGCCAGUUACAGGGAGUAUGUCCUAAUGGUGAGUGCUUGAAUACCAUGGGCAGCUACAGAUGUACCUGCAAAAUGGGAUUUGUGCCAGAUCCUACCCUCUCAAGAUGCAUACCUGAUAAUCCUAUAGUUGCUGAAGAGAAAGGACCCUGCUACCGGUUUGUUAGUGCAGGAAAGCAAUGCAUGCAUCCUCUCUCUGUUCAGCUCAGCAAGCAGCUUUGCUGUUGCAGUGUUGGCAAAGCCUGGGGCCCGCACUGCGAGAAGUGUCCGCUUCCAGGAACAGCUGCUUUUAAGGAAAUCUGCCCUGGUGGAAUGGGUUAUACGGUUUCUGGCCCUCACAGAAACAAGCUAUAUCAUCACCCUGCAGUUAGAGUACAGCCACCUGUCAUUGGCAAGACCCCGAUUACUCAACCUGUUGCUAAAGGUACUUCUCCUCCACCUCUCCCAGCAAAGGAAGAGCCAGUGGAGGCACUGACCUUCUCACAGAAAAGUGAGACUGAGAUGGCUGUACAAGAAGUGGCAACUGCAGCCCCUGAUCAGGAAUUGGCUUCCCUUGAUCAAGAAAAGCAGCCUUAUCUAGAGCCUGGGCAGCCUCAGCUUUCUCCUGGAAUUUCAACAAUUAACCUGCAUCCACAGUUUCCAGUAGUGAUUGAGAAAACAUCUCCUCCUCUGCCUGUUGAAGUUGCUCCUGAAGUCUCCACUUCGAGUGCAAGUCAAGUAAUUGCACCUACUCAAGUUACAGAAAUCAAUGAAUGUACAGUUAAUCCUGAUAUCUGUGGAGCAGGACACUGUGUUAAUUUGCCUGUGGGAUACACGUGCAUCUGCUACGAGGGGUACGAACUUAACGAUCAGCAGACAAAGUGCUCUGAUAUUAAUGAGUGUAAUCAGGCACCCCAUCUGUGUUCCCUUGGACGCUGUGAAAAUACAGAAGGAAGUUUCCUAUGUAUUUGCCAAGCUGGAUUCAUGGCCAGUGAAGAUGGAACCGAUUGCGUUGAUUUUGAUGAAUGUUCAAGACCUCAUACUUGCGGGGAAGGCUUUUGUAUAAAUACCGUUGGCUCAUAUAGAUGUGAAUAUUGUGACAGUGGAUACCAAAUGAACAGGAGAGGUGAAUGUGAAG